GAGAAAGGGUGGCCUCGUGCCCCCUAUUCUACAGAGUCUCCUCCCACGGCUGCCCAGCUCCCUGGCAGACUAUCUUGCCUCUACCACAUCACCAUCAGUACUGGGCGGCUACAGGGCAGAGCUGUCCCGGGACCUCCUCACAGUCUCCAGAGUCAAGGAACGCCUCCUCAGGGAAGUCCUCCACCUCAUCACUGACCUCUGAGUCACAGAGCUCCCGGGCACCAUGCUGGCCACAUAUGCCUAAGGAGCCACCCCCGGAAGCAACUGUGGGUCCCGCAGGCAUUCGCAGGCUAGUAGACACCUUCGGGGCCUGAGGGACCUGUACUCCAAUCCAAUGCUCUCCUCACUCUCAGAAGAUUUUACAGACGUGGAAACCGAGGCCCCAAGGGGUAAUCGGCCCGCGUUCCCAUGCCAAUAACCGGCGGUGGCGGGACCCACACCUACCCUGUGACCCGCAGGCCCAGGGGUCGAGCCCCAGGUAGAACGUCUACACCGACUCCGCCCUCGGCGCAGCGCGGGGAACCUUAACCCGGACACAGAGGCGUAAGCGGAAGUGCUGCCGAGCCGUAGCUAUGGAGACGCGGGGGGCGGGCCGCCCGGAGAGCGCGACCUUUGACCUGCUGUCGAGCGUACGUCAGAGGCUGGCGCAAAUAGAAGUGCAGCGGUGGCGGCGCCUGGUUGCGGGCCAGCGGCAGGCAGGCGGCGAUGGAGGUAACUCAGGAUCCUGUUCAAGAUGGGGUGGCUUCACCAGCUACCCCUGGGACCGGGAAAUCUAAGCUGGAAACAUUGCCCAAAGAAGACCUCAUCAAGUUUGCCAAGAAACAGAUGAUGCUAAUACAGAAAGCUAAGUCAAGGUGUACAGAAUUGGAGAAAGAAAUUGAAGAACUCAAAUCAAAACCUGUUACUGAAGGAACUGAUGAUAUUAUUAAGGCAUUAACUGAACGUCUGGAUGCUAUUCUUCUGGAAAAAGCAGAGACUGAGCAACAGUGUCUUUCUCUGAAAAAGGAAAAUAUAAAAAUGAAGCAAGAGGUUGAGGAUUCUGUAACUAAGAUGGAAGAUGCACAUAAGGAGUUGGAACAAUCACAUAUAAACUAUGUGAAAGAAAUUGAAAAUGUGAAAAAUGAAUUGAUGGCAGUACGUGCCAAAUACAGUGAAGACAAAGCUAACUUACAAAAGGAACUGGAAGAAGCAAUGAAUAAGCAAUUAGAGCUCUCAGAACAACUUAAGUUUCAGAACAACUCUGAAGAUAAUGUUAAAAAACUACAAGAAGAGAUUGAGAAAAUUAGGCCAGCCUUUGAGGAGCAAAUUUUAUAUCUGCAAAAGCAAUUAGACGCUACCACUGAUGAAAAGAAGGAAACAGUUACUCAACUCCAAAAUAUCAUUGAGGCUAAUUCUCAGCAUUACCAAAAAAAUAUUAAUAGUUUGCAGGAGGAACUUUUACAGUUGAAAGCUAUACACCAAGAAGAGGUGAAAGAAUUAAUGUGCCAGAUUGAAGCAUCAGCUAAGGAACAUGAAACAGAGAUAAAUAAGUUGAAUGAGCUAAAAGAGAACUUAGUAAAACAAUGUGAGGCAAGUGAAAAGAACAUCCAGGAGAAAUAUGAAUGUGAGUUAGAAAAUUUAAGGAAAGCCACCUCAAAUGCAAACCAAGACAAUCAGAUGUGUUCUCUUCUCUUCCAAGAAAAUACAUUUGUAGAACAAGUAGUAAAUGAAAAAGUCAAACACUUAGAAGAUACCUUAAAAGAACUUGAAUCUCAACACAGUAUCUUAAAAGAUGAGGUAACUUAUAUGAAUAAUCUUAAGUUAAAACUUGAAAUGGAUGCUCAACAUAUAAAGGAUGAGUUUUUUCAUGAACGGGAAGACUUAGAGUUUAAAAUCAAUGAAUUAUUACUAGCUAAAGAAGAACAGGGCUGUGUAAUUGAAAAAUUAAAAUCUGAGCUAGCAGGUUUAAAUAAACAGUUUUGCUGUACCGUAGAACAGCAUAACAAAGAAGUACAGAGUCUUAAGGAACAACAUCAAAAAGAAAUAUCGGAGCUAAAUGAGGCAUUUUUGUCAGAUUCAGAAAAAGAAAAAUUAACAUUAAUGUUUGAAAUCCAGGGUCUUAAGGAACAGUGUGACAACCUACAGCAAGAAAAGCAAGAAGCAAUUUUAAAUUAUGAGAGUUUACGAGAGAUUAUGGAAAUUUUACAAACAGAACUGGGGGAAUCUGCUGGAAAAAUAAGUCAAGAGUUUGAAUCAAUGAAGCAACAGCAAGCGUCUGAUGUUCACGAACUGCAGCAGAAGCUCAGAACUGCCUUUACUGAAAAAGAUGCUCUUCUCGAAACUGUGAAUCGCCUCCGGGGAGAAAAUGAAAAGUUACUGUCUCAACAAGAAUUGGUACCAGAACUUGAAAAUACCAUAAAGAACCUUGAAGAAAAGAAUGGAGUAUACUUACUUAGUCUCAGUCAAAGAGAUACCAUGUUAAAAGAAUUAGAAGCAAAGAUAAAUUCUCUUACUGAGGAAAAAGAUGAUUUUAUAAAUAAACUGAAAAAUUCCUAUGAAGAAAUGGAUAAUUUCCAUAAGAAAUGUGAGAGGGAAGAAAGACUGAUUCUUGAACUUGGGAAGAAAGUAGAGCAGACAACCCAGUACAACAGUGAACUAGAACAAAAGGUAAAUGAAUUAACAGGAGGACUAGAGGAGACCUUAAAAGAAAAGGAUCAAAAUGACCAAAAACUAGAAAAACUUAUGGUUCAAAUGAAAGUUCUCUCUGAAGACAAAGAAGUAUUGUCAGCUGAAGUGAAGUCUCUUUAUGAGGAAAACAAUAAACUCAGUUCAGAAAAAAAACAGUUGAGUAGGGAUUUGGAAGUUUUUUUGUCUCAAAAAGAUGAUGUUAUCCUUAAAGAACAUAUUACUGAAUUAGAAAAGAAACUUCAGUUAAUGGUUGAAGAGCGAGAUAAUUUAAAUAAACUGCUUGAAAAUGAACAAGUUCAGAAGUUAUUUGUCAAAACUCAGUUGUAUGGUUUUCUUAAAGAUACGGGGUCUGAAGUUUCAGAAGAUGGUGAAGAGAAAGAUGUUAAUAUCCUACAGGCAGUCGGUGAAUCCUUGGCAAAAAUAAAUGAGGAAAAAUGCAACCUGGUUUUUCAGUGUGAUAAAAAGGUAUUCGAGUUAGAAAAAGAGAUUAAGUGCCUUCAAGAAGAGAGUGUAGUUCAGUGUGAAGAACUUAAGUCUUUAUUGAGAGACUGUGAGCAAGAGAAAGUUCUCUUAAGGAAAGAGUUAGAAGAAAUCCAGUCAGAAAAAGAGGCCCUGCAAUCUGAUCUUCUAGAAAUAAAGAAUGCUAAUGAAAAAAUAAGGCUUGAAAAUCAGAAUCUUCUAAUUCAAGUUGAAGAAGUAUCUCAAACAUGUAGCAAAAAUGAAGUCCAUAAUGAAAAAGAAAAAUGUUUUAUAAAGGAACAUGAAAACCUAAAGCCAUUACUAGAACAAAAAGAAUCAGAAUUACGAGAUAUGAGAGCAGAGUUGAUACUAUUAAAGGAUUCCUUAGCGAAAUCACCUUCUGUACAAAAUGAUCCUCUGUCUUCAGUGAAAGAGUUGGAAGAAAAAUUAGAAAAUCUGGAAAAAGAAUGCAAAGAAAAGGAGGAGAAAAUAAAUAGGAUAAAAUUAGUUGCUGUGAAGGCAAAGAAAGAACUAGAUUCCAGCAGAAAAGAGACCCAGACUGUAAGGGAAGAACUUGAAUCUCUUCGGUCAGAAAAGGACCAAUUAUCUGCUUCCAUGAGAGAUCUCAUUCAAGGAGCAGAAAGCUAUAAGAAUCUUUUAUUAGAAUAUGAAAAGCAGUCAGAGCAACUGGAUGUGGAAAAAGAACGUGCUAACAAUUUUGAGCAUCAUGUUGAAGACCUUACAAGACAACUAAGAAAUUCGACUUUGCAGUGUGAAAAAAUAAAUUCUGAUAAUGAAGAUCUGCUGGCUCGUAUUGAGACACUACAGUCUAAUGCCAAAUUAUUAGAAGUACAGAUUUUAGAAGUCCAGAGAGCCAAAGCAAUGGUAGACAAAGAAUUAGAAGCUGAAAAACUUCAGAAAGAACAGAAAAUAAAGGAACAUGCCACUACUGUAAAUGAACUUGAAGAACUUCAGGUACAACUUCAAAAGGAAAAGAAACAGCUUCAGAAAACCAUGCAAGAAUUAGAGCUGGUUAAAAAGGAUGCCCAACAAACCACAUUGAUGAAUAUGGAAAUAGCUGAUUAUGAACGUUUGAUGAAAGAACUAAAUCAAAAGUUAAGUAAUAAAAACAACAAGAUAGAAGAUUUGGAGCAAGAAAUAAAAAUUCAAAAACAGAAACAAGAAACCCUACAAGAAGAAAUAACUUCAUUACAGUCUUCAGUACAACAAUAUGAAGAAAAAAAUACCAAAAUCAAGCAAUUGCUUGUGAAAACCAAAAAGGAACUGGCAGAUUCAAAGCAAGCAGAAACUGAUCACUUAAUACUUCAAGCAUCUUUAAAAGGUGAGCUGGAGGCAAGCCAGCAGCAAGUAGAAGUCUAUAAAAUACAGCUGGCUGAAAUAACAUCAGAGAAACACAAAAUCCACGAGCACCUGAAAACCUCUGCAGAACAGCACCAGCGUACGCUAAGUGCGUACCAGCAGAGAGUGACAGCGCUACAGGAGGAGAGCCGUGCUGCCAAGGCAGAACAAGCUGCUGUAACCUCUGAAUUCGAGAGCUACAAAGUCCGAGUUCAUAACGUUCUAAAACAACAGAAAAAUAAAUCUAUGUCUCAGGCUGAAACUGAGGGCGCUAAACAAGAAAGGGAACAUCUGGAAAUGCUGAUUGACCAACUAAAAAUCAAAUUACAAGAUAGCCAAAAUAACUUACAGAUUAAUGUAUCUGAACUUCAAACAUUGCAGUCUGAACAUGAUACACUGCUAGAAAGGCACAACAAGAUGCUUCAGGAAACUGUGUCCAAAGAGGCGGAACUCCGGGAAAAAUUGUGUUCCAUACAAUCAGAGAACAUGAUGAUGAAGUCUGAGCAUACACAGACUGUGAGUCAGCUAACAUCCCAGAAUGAGGUCCUUCGAAAUAGCUUCCGAGAUCAAGUGCGACAUUUGCAGGAAGAGCACAGAAAGACAGUGGAGACGUUACAGCAGCAGCUCUCCAAGGUGGAGGCACAGCUCUUCCAGCUUAAGAAUGAACCGACCACAAGAAGCCCAGUUUCCUCUCAACAAUCUUUGAAGAACCUUCGAGAAAGGAGAAACACAGACCUCCCACUUCUAGACAUGCACACUGUAACCCGGGAAGAGGGAGAAGGCAUGGAGACAACUGAUACUGAGUCUGUGUCUUCCGCCAGCACAUAUACACAGUCUUUAGAGCAGCUGCUUAAUUCUCCCGAAACUAAACUUGAGCCUCCAUUAUGGCAUGCCGAAUUUACCAAAGAAGAAUUGGUUCAGAAGCUCAGUUCCACCACAAAAAGUGCAGAUCACUUAAACGGCCUGCUUCGGGAAACAGAAGCAACCAAUGCAAUCCUUAUGGAGCAAAUUAAGCUUCUCAAAAGUGAAAUAAGAAGAUUAGAAAGGAAUCAAGAGCGAGAGAAGUCUGCAGCUAACCUGGAAUACUUGAAGAAUGUCUUGCUACAGUUCAUUUUCCUGAAACCAGGUAGUGAAAGAGAAAGACUUCUUCCUGUUAUAAAUACAAUGUUGCAGCUCAGCCCUGAAGAAAAGGGAAAACUUGCUGCGAUUGCUCAAGGUGAGGAGGAAAACGCUUCCCGUUCUUCUGGAUGGGCAUCCUAUCUUCAUAGUUGGUCUGGACUUCGAUAGAUUGAUGGAAGGAGUAUUUUUAUUAACCAAAUAGAAUCUAUUUACAAAAAUGGUUCAUGUAUAUUACCAUCAUCCUUUUGUCCAAAAGUGUGUAUAUAUGUUUGCAUCUACAUAUAUUUGUACAUCUAUAUGACAGAUGUAUUUUAAAAGUUUCAACUUGAAGUAAAAGUACAACAGCUUGAAGUGUUGAUACCAGGCGACAGCCCUCUGACUCAUGUGAUCUCCCGUGCAUGCUGCCAGAAUAAAACCACCAGGAAUGAAUUCACUCCCCACUCCUCUGGAACCUCAGGACCCAUUGCUCGGCAGUACUGUGAAUUUUGAAGUUAAACUAAAUUUUGGUACCAUACCAACUGGAAUUUAGGCUUUAAAAAUAAUGUUUCAAGGCCGUGUGUGGUGAUUCAGGCCUGUAAUCCCAGCACUUUGGGAGGCUGAGGCUGGAGAAUCACUUGAGGCUAGUGCGCUGUUAUCGUACCACUGCACUCCAGCUCGGGGAACAGAGCGAGACCUUGUCUCUAAAAAUAAUAAUAAUAAUACAAUAAAAAUAAUGUUUUAUGACUAUUUAUUGCAAGGUCAGAUUUGUAGAUUGUUAUUAGUUAUAAAUUGUUGAGAAAUUUUUGUGAUUAGAAUAUGAAGGAAAAAGCUUUAUUGGUAAAAGUAACAUGUUUAUUAAGGGGCUAUGAAGUAAAUAUGCUGCAGUUAAUUAUGCUAAGUUGAAAUAUAAUUUAGUUACUUUAAAAUAAACUGUUCUUUUUUUCUUUAAAGUAUAUUCUCUCAAAACUCACGAUGUUGUCAGAGCCCUAGAGCUGGCUAGUGUAACACUGACUCUGAAUAGGCAGGCCCACCCCCUGAGUUGAGGUGAUUUCAUGCUAUCUGUCCGGGCUCUUGGUAUGGUGUCGCUACAUGCAAGCCAUGAAUCUGUUUUGAGAAUCCUCUCCAUUUUCCCAAAUGAAAACCUAUCACAACAGUAACUAUAUCACUCAGCAUUGUAUCUUAAGUAUAAAACUGGUGCUUUCAAUGUUGUGGCAGAUAGUGUUCCGUAAGCUUUCCAUCAGCUUUCCAGCAGAAGGGAUUUUAGAAAGACACCUUGGAGGUCCGUGCUACAUCUUCACAGUUCCUCUGAAUAAACUUAGGUGGUAGCGUUACUUGCCUUUGAUGCCUCUGCAUAUGUUUUAAUGACUAGAUCAAAAUUGUAGUGUUCUUAAAUCAAAAAUUUGAUAAUUCUAUUUUUAAUAUUUAUGUGUUAAUCACCACACAGUAUGCUUUCUGAAGUUCUCUUAAGCCUUCAGUUUAUACUCUUAAUUCUCAUUCUGAGCUGGAGAACUGACUUUGCACUUUGAUUAUGCAGAACAUUGGUUUCCAAUUUAGUUUAACUGAAAUUUGCUGCUGAUAUGUUGAGUUUGUUCUUUAAAUAAUAUCUCAUAUAUCUGUCUUUCCUCCUGUCUUAGAAGAACAGACCUAACUAGUGAAUGUAUUAAUGAAAAUGCAUCUAUUUCAGAGCUGACAUGAAGAGUUUAGUUUUUUUACUUUAUAAACUGUGAAUUUGAGUAUGCCACCUGCCUACAAUGUAACGAAUCAUAUUUGAAUAUAUUUUACUUUCUCUUUGACUUUAGACCUUUUGAAGUCUGUAUAAACUUGUUUUAAAAUAUAGUCUCUGCUUAUGAAUGUCAUAACAAAAAUACCUUUUUGCAUGAUAAAAAAUUAUUACUUUGAUUACAAAAGGCCUAUUCUUUCAUGGUUUCCUCAAUGAGAGGAAGUGUAAUGAUUAUUUUAAUAUUUCUAUUAAAUAUGUUUAACUUCUAUUAAAUAUACAUAAAAAUA